GAUUCAUGGGUUAUGCUCCCUACCUCAGCCGGCUUGUGGCCGACUGGCAAGGCCGUGACAGUGAGAGCGACCAGCUGUUUUAUACCAACGUGUUCCUGGACCCUGAAAAGCGGAGGACCAUCAAUAUCACUUUGGAUCACAGGUGCCGGAUCUUCCAAAAUCUUAAUGGCGCUCUAGACGAAGUGGCUCUGAAAUUCGAAAACGGCCAGGUGAGAGUGCGGAAUCUGGCGUUUGAUACCCUCCCAGUUGUGAUUCAUGGAAACGGACCCACCAAGCUGCAGCUGAAUUACCUGGGGAACUACAUCCCUCAAUCCUGGACCUUCGAGACGGGCUGCACCGUCUGCAAAGAAGGCCUGAAGAGUCUCCAUGGCUUGAAAGAGAAACAUCACCUGUCCCAGGUGAGCUCCUUUGUGGACGAGCACGGCCAGGAAUAUCGCUCCCUCAAAGUGAUGGGGCCGGAGGAGAAUCUGGAGAACGCCGAUGCUCGCAACGUGAGCAUGAAUAUGUGCAAGCAGAACCCGGCGUGUGAAUAUUACUUCAGUCUUGAUGCCGAGGUGGUGCUCAAGAACCCCGAUACCCUGCAGAUCCUGAUGGAACAGAAUAAGUUUGUGAUUGCUCCUCUCGUGAGCCGCAUGGGGAAGCUGUGGUCGAAUUUCUGGGGGGCCUUGAGUCCUGACGGCUAUUACGCCCGCUCAGAGGAUUACAAGGACAUUGUCCAGAGGCAGAGGAUUGGCCUCUGGAACGUCCCAUACAUUUCCAGCGUCUACCUGGUCAAGGGCAGCGUCCUAAGGUCACAACUAGCCCAGCGGGACCUUUUCCACAGUGGCAAACUGGAUGCCGAUAUGGCUCUGUGCCACAACAUCCGUCAGCAGGGGGUGUUCAUGUUUGUGACAAACCAGCAGCCGUUUGGGCACAUCCUGUCCUUGGAGAAUUAUCAGACAAGUCACCUGCACAACGAUCUCUGGCAAAUCUUCAGCAACCCGGAGGACUGGAAUGAGAAAUACAUCCACCCCAACUACACGGACGCCUUAAAGGGCAAAUUGGUAGAAACGCCCUGCCCGGAUGUCUACUGGUUCCCCCUGUUCACCGACGUGGCUUGCGACGAGCUGGUGGAGGAGAUGGAGCACUUUGGGCAGUGGUCCAAGGGAGGCAACAAGGACCAGAGGAUUCUAGGGGGCUACGAGAACGUCCCGACCAUUGACAUCCACAUGAACCAGGUCAACUUUGAGCGCGAGUGGUACAGAUUUCUCCUGGAUUACAUAGCGCCCAUCACGGAGAAGCUCUACCCUGGCUACCACACCCAAACCCAGUUUGAGCUGGCCUUUGUCGUCCGCUACAAGCCGGACGAGCAGCCUUCCCUGAUGCCGCAUCACGACGCUUCCACGUUCACCAUCAACAUUGCCUUGAACCGUGUUGGGAUCGAUUACGAAGGCGGGGGCUGCCGCUUCAUCCGCUACAACUGCUCCAUCCAAGCCCCCCGGAAGGGCUGGACCCUCCUGCACCCGGGCCGCCUGACCCAUUACCACGAGGGCCUCCCCACCACCAAAGGGACUCGCUACAUCGCCGUCUCCUUCCUCGACCCUUAG